UUUAGACCGCUCUCGGAUGGGAUGGAAGCGGUUAGAUCUCCCAGACCAGCUCCAGUAGGCCAAUCAAACCACUUCCCUGUCAUACUCGGAGCAAGAAGGCUGCGGGUGAACGGCUAAGGAUGUCUGGAGUGUAGGCAGUUUUACUAACAACACACAUCAAAGUUGCCGGUGACCGCAGCAGGCCAGGCAGCACCUCUAGGAAGAGGAACAGUCGACGUUUCAGGCCGAGACCCUUCGUCAGGACUGGGAUUUACUACUCGGGGUUAAAGAGAGGCAAGACUGCGCAGGCGCGUGACCUCAGCCAGUAGAGCGGGAAAAGUUUCAAAAGAUUACCGCCAUAUCCGGAGUGAGAGGCGGCAGAGUGAAAGGGCUUUGGCGUUAACGAGGCGAGGGCACAAAAGGCAAAGGAUUUGAAUACGUGAAUCUGAAACAGAACAACAAACAGGCAAGUUCCACCGUAUGUUGUCAUCAAUCUUUGAAUGUGGAGGAGGAGAUACUUGAGAAAACAACACACCAUUUGUAGCAAAGAGAACUGGAACACGUGCUCAGUGUAGGAGAGAGAUUUGGAUGAAGCAGCCUGGAGAUAAACCUUGUAAAUUCUCUUCAAGUUAUUGAAGGAGUGAACAAGUAUUUCCAUUGUAACGCCAAUAUAUCAGUGGUGGGACUUUGGAGCAGAAGGUGUAUCUCAGCCCAUCUAGAAAUGUGCUUUGUGUGUGAAAUAAAGUUUUCUGGUUAUUCUCUGUGAAAUCCACUGCAACUCAGUGCCUGCCAACACACCAGCAUCUGUUCACUGGAGAUCAGAUCUUCAGCUGCAUUGUCUGUGUGAAGGAUUGACGUCUGACUUGAUGAAUUGACAGGGAAUUGAUAGGAAGAUAAUCGUUCACCUGCUCUCGGUGUGGGAAGGGAUUCACUCACUCAGCCGACCUGCGGACACACCGGUGAAUUUGCACUGGGGAGAGCCCGUUCACCUGCUCCGCGUGAGGGAGGGGCUGUACUCAGGAAUCCAGCCUGAAGAUACAUCAGCAAGUUCACAGCAUAGUGAGAUUGUUCAGACGACGCUAAGCAAUUCAUUCUGUCAUCCAAGCUGAAAAUCCACCAGAAAAUUCACAACGGUGAGAGGCUGUUCACUUGCUCCGUGUGUGGGAAGACAGUCACUUGAUCAUUCAUCUCUUCCGUGUGUGGGACGGGAUUCACUCACAUGUGAUGAGUCACCCCCAAAUGCACUGCAAUGAGAGGCCGUUCAUCUGCUCAGACUGUGGGAAGGGAUUCACUCGCUCAUGCAACUUAAUCAGGCACCAGCGAUUUCAUUGUGGGGAGAAGCCAUUCAGCUACUUAGACUGUGGGAAGCGAAUUACUCAGUCGUCACACCUGCAAGUACACUGGCGUGUUCACAGUGGAGAAGGGCCGUUUAUCUGCUCUGUUUCUGGGAAGCGAUGUACUCAAUCAUCUGACCUGAUGAGGCACCAGUGGGUACACACUGGGGAGAGGCCGUUCACCUGCUCUGAAUGCGGGGAGAGAUUCACUCAUUCGUCCCACCUGAUUUGUCACCAGCAAGUUCACACAGGAGAGAGGCCGUUUACCUGUUCAGACUGUGGGAAGGGAUUCACUGAAUCAUCACACCUGCACGCACACCAGCGGGAUCAUGCAGAAAAAAAACCAUUCACCUGCUCUGACUGUGGAGAUGCAUUUGAUCAGUCAUCUCAACUGCAAGCACACCAGCGAGUUCACAACGGGGCGGGACCGUUUAUCUGCUCUGAUAGCGGGAAGCGAUGCACUCGAUCAUCUCAGUUGAUGAAACAACGUGUUCGCACUGCGGAGAGACUGUUCACAUGCUCAGAAUGUGGAAAGGGAUUCGCUUCGUCAUCUCACCUACUAUCACACCAGGCAGUUCACACUGAGGAGAGGCCGUUCACCUGCUCUGAAUGUGGGAAACAAUUCACUCAUUCAUCUGAUCUGAUACGUCACCAGAAGGUUCACACUGGGGAGAGGCCAUUCACCUGCUCAGAGUGUGGGAAGGGAUUCACUCGGUCAUCCCAUCUCCUGGCACACCAGAAACUUCACACUGGGGAGAGGCCAUUCACCUGUUCAGACUGUGGGAAGGGAUUCACUGAAUCGUCUCACCUGCACGCACACCAGCGGGUUCACACAGGAGAAAAACCAUUCACCUGUUCCGUGUGUGGGAAGGGAUUCACGCACUCAUCUCACAUGAGAAGACACCAGCGAGUUCACUCUGGGGAGAGGCCGUUCACCUGCUCAGACUGUGGGAAGGCAUUUACCCAGUCAUCUCACUUGCAAGUACACAGACGUGUUCACAGUGGAGAGAGACCAUAUAUCUGCUCUGUUUGUGGGAAGCGAUGUUCUCAAUCAUCUGACCUGACGAGGCACAAGCGAAUUCACACGGGAGAGAGGCCAUUCACCUGCUCUGAAUGUGGGAAGGGAUUCACUCGGUCAUCUAACCUACUAGUACACCAGGCAGUUCACACUGGGGAGAGGCCGUUCACCUGCUCAGUGUGUGGGAAGGGAUUCGCUCACUCGUCCUAUCUGAUAAGUCACCAGCGAGUUCACACCAGAGAGACGCCAUUCACCUGCUUAGAAUGUGGGAAGGGAUUCACUCGGUCGUCUAAUCUACUGGCACACCAGCGGGUUCAUACAGAAAAGAAACCAUUCACCUGCUCUGACUGUGGAGAUGCAUUUGAUCAGUCAUCUCAACUGCAAGCACACCAGCGAGUUCACAACAGGGCGGGACUGUUUAUCCGCUCUGAUAGCGGGAAGCGAUGCACUCGAUCAUCUCAGCUGAUGGAACAACGUGUUCGCACUGCGGAGAGACUGUUCACAUGCUCAGAAUGUGGAAAGGGAUUCGCUUCGUCAUCUCACCUACUAUCACACCAGGCAGUUCACACUGAGGAGAGGCCGUUCACCUGCUCUGAAUGUGGGAAACAAUUCACUCAUUCAUCUGAUCUGAUACGUCACCAGAAGGUUCACACUGGGGAGAGGCCAUUCACCUGCUCAGAGUGCGGGAAGGGAUUCACUCGGUCAUCCCAUCACCUGGCACACCAGAAACUUCACACUGGGGAGAGGCCAUUCACCUGUUCAGACUGUGGGAAGGGAUUCACUGAAUUGUCUCACCUGCACGCACACCAGCGGGUUCACACAGGAGAAAAACCAUUCACCUGUUCCGUGUGUGGGAAGGGAUUCACGCACUCAUCUCACGUGAGAAGACACCAGCGAGUUCACUCUGGGGAGAGGCCGUUCACCUGCUCAGACUGUGGGAAGGCAUUUACCCAGUCAUCUCACCUGCAAGUACACAGACGUGUUCACAGUGGAGAGAGACCAUAUAUCUGCUCUGUUUGUGGGAAACAAUGUUCUCAAUCAUCUGACCUGACGAGGCACAAGCGAAUUCACACGGGAGAGAGGCCAUUCACCUGCUCUGAAUGUGGGAAGGGAUUCACUCGGUCAUCUAACCUACUAGUACACCAGGCAGUUCACACUGGGGAGAGGCCGUUCACCUGCUCAGUGUGUGGGAAGGGAUUCGCUCACUCGUCCUAUCUGAUAAGUCACCAGCGAGUUCACACCAGAGAGACGCCAUUCACCUGCUUAGAAUGUGGGAAGGGAUUCACUCGGUCGUCUAAUCUACUGGCACACCAGCGGGUUCAUACAGAAAAGAAACCAUUCACCUGCUCUGACUGUGGAGAUGCAUUUGAUCAGUCAUCUCAACUGCAAGCACACCAGCGAGUUCACGACAGGGCGGGACUGUUUAUCCGCUCUGAUAGCGGGAAGCGAUGCACUCGAUCAUCUCAGCUGAUGGAACAACGUGUUCGCACUGCGGAGAGACUGUUCACAUGCUCAGAAUGUGGAAAGGGAUUCGCUUCGUCAUCUCACCUACUAUCACACCAGGCAGUUCACACUGAGGUGAGGCUGUUCACCUGCUCUGAAUGUGGGAAACAAUUCACUCAUUCAUCUGAUCUGAUACGUCACCAGAAGGUUCACACUGGGGAGAGGCCAUUCACCUGCUCAGAGUGUGGGAAGGGAUUCACUCGGUCAUCCCAUCUCCUGGCACACCAGAAACUUCACACUGGGGAGAGGCCAUUCACCUGUUCAGACUGUGGGAAGGGAUUCACUGAAUCGUCUCACCUGCACGCACACCAGCGGGUUCACACAGGAGAAAAACCAUUCACCUGUUCCGUGUGUGGGAAGGGAUUCACGCACUCAUCUCAAGUGAGGAGACACCAGCGAGUUCACUCUGGGGAGAAGCCGUUCACCUGCUCAGACUGUGGGAAGGCAUUUACCCAGUCAUCUCACUUGCAAGUACACAGACGUGUUCACAGUGGAGAGAGACCAUAUAUCUGCUCUGUUUGUGGGAAGCGAUGUUCUCAAUCAUCUGACCUGACGAGGCACAAGCGAAUUCACACGGGAGAGAGGCCAUUCACCUGCUCUGAAUGUGGGAAGGGAUUCACUCGGUCAUCUAACCUACUAGUACACCAGGCAGUUCACACUGGGGAGAGGCCGUUCACCUGCUCAGUGUGUGGGAAGGGAUUCGCUCACUCGUCCUAUCUGAUAAGUCACCAGCGAGUUCACACCAGAGAGAGGUCGUUCACCUGCUUAGAAUGUGGGAAGGGAUUCACUCGGUCGUCUAAUCUACUGGCACACCAGCGAGUUCACACUGGGGAGAGGCCGUUCACCUGUUCAGACUGUGGGAAGGGAUUCACUGAAUCAUCACACCUGCACGCACAUCAGCAAGUUCACACAGAAAAAAAACCGUUCACCUGCUCAGACUGUGGGGAUGCAUUCGAUCAGUCAUCUCAACUGCAAGCACACCGGCGAGUUCACGACAGGGAGGGACUGUUCACCUGCUCAGAAUCUGGGAAGACGUUCACUCGGUCCUCUCAUCUUUUAUCAGAGUCGGUGGUUCACAGUGUCGAGAGACCGUUCACCUGCUCAGUGUGCGGGAAGGGAUUCACUCGGUCAUCCCAUCUCCUGGCACACCAGAAACUUCACACUGGGGAGAGGCCAUUCACCUGUUCAGACUGUGGGAAGGGAUUCACUGAAUCGUCUCACCUGCACGCACACCAGCGGGUUCACACAGGAGAAAAACCAUUCACCUGUUCCGUGUGUGGGAAGGGAUUCACGCACUCAUCUCAAGUGAGGAGACACCAGCGAGUUCACUCUGGGGAGAAGCCGUUCACCUGCUCAGACUGUGGGAAGGCAUUUACCCAGUCAUCUCACUUGCAAGUACACAGACGUGUUCACAGUGGAGAGAGACCAUAUAUCUGCUCUGUUUGUGGGAAGCGAUGUUCUCAAUCAUCUGACCUGACGAGGCACAAGCGAAUUCACACGGGAGAGAGGCCAUUCACCUGCUCUGAAUGUGGGAAGGGAUUCACUCGGUCAUCUAACCUACUAGCGCACCAGGCACUUCACACUGGGGAGAGGCCGUUCAUAUGCUCAGUGUGUGGGAAGGGAUUCGCUCACUCGUCCUAUCUGUUAAGUCACCAGCGGGUUCACACUGGAGAGAAGCCGUUCACCUGCUUAGAAUGCGGGAAGGGAUUCACUCGGUCGUCUAAUCUACUGGCACACCAGAGAGUUCACACUGGCGAGAAGCCAUUCACCUGAUAAAUUGUGGGAAGUGAUUUACUGAACAGUCACAUUUGAACACACACCAGUGAGGUCACACAGGAGAGAAACCAUUCACCUGUUCUUUGUCUGGGGAGGGUUUCACUCAUUCAUUCAGAAGUGUUAAGACACAAACGACUUCACUCUGGGGAGAAGCCAUUCACCUGCCCCAUCUGUGGGAAGGGAUUCAUCCAAUCAGCUGAACUGCUGAAACACCAGCGGGUUCACAGUGGGGAAGCCCGUUCACCUGUUGUGAAUGUGAGAAGGGAUUCACGCAGUUACACCACAUUGUGAAGUAUUCAGAGGGUUUACACUGAGAGGCUGCAUCCCUGGCCUGUGUGAGUAAAGAGAUUUACUCGUUCAUCCUACCUGCUGAUUGUGGGGUGGCAUGUACGACAUCUUCUCACCUGUAGACACCAUCAUGCUCACAGUGGCCAGGGACCACUCGUCUGCUCUGUGUGGCCGGGGUUCACUCGCUCAGCCCACAGGCAGAAACACCAGUUGGUUCACAGUGGGAAGAGGGCAUUCACCUGUUGUGUGUGUGGGAGGGAUAUACUCUGUCAUCCAGCCUGAAGAUACGUCUGCGAGUUCCCAUUGCAGAGUGACUGUACACCUGAUCGGACUCUGGGUACCGAUUCCUUGAGAUCUCCAACCUCAGGACACGUAAGUGAGUUCACACUGGAGAGGGGUUAUCCGUCUGGUCUCUGUGUGGGAAAGAAUUCAUUCAGUUGUUUCAGCCUCUAAGCACCAGCAAGUUGGCACAAGGGAGUAGCUGUUCACCUGUUCUGAGUGUGGGAAGGGUUUAGUUGAGUUAACCCACCUUGUGAGGCUCCAUUAAGUUCACAAUAAGGUGAGGCCACACUUCUGUCCUGAAUGAGCAAAGAAAUUUGCUCAGUUGUCCCUCCUGAUGAGACUCCAGCAACUUCACAUAAGGAGAAGGUUCAAAUAAGCUGUCUGUUGUGUUUGUAUUUUUAGGUAUCACGGCAGCUGGAUCUAGUUUCAAGCUCCUGAAUGUUUCUUGAAGUCAGAUUCUGUUGUUUUGGCAGCUGCUGAUCACACCCAGGACUGAACUGAGCAUUGGAGGGGUUUGUUCUGCUGCUGUCAGCAGUAAAAGAGACUGGUGUUUAACGUUGUAGAUCUGUGACAAAUAAAUCAGUUGCAUUUCAAAUUGUCGUGGAAACACUAACUAAAAACAUUCAGUGACCUUGAGUUGUGUUUUAAGAAUUUAUUAACAUGAUAUCGUGGGGAGCCUGCAGCAGUCUCCACCACCACAGGAACUCUGAAUUUUAGUUAUAUAGAGCUCAUAUUAUACAGCAACUUCACAUAGCUUUGGCAUCCCACGGUCAGCACCUGAUCAAUCGCUUAAAAGACAUGUCGAUUAUCCCUAAGCGCGAGUCUAACAGUUCUUCCUGCUUCCUGUUAUCAGUACUCAUAAUUUACCCCAAGACGCAUCCUCCCUUCUGGUUCCAGAGGCCUAGUAUCUUACUAUUUCCUGGUUCCUGGUAGUGCGCUUAUCAUCCAAGGUUAUUCUUGACACACAUCAGCAGUCUUAAGCCCAGCUACUCCAGAGUGGUCAAGUAUCCAAUCACACACUAGUUUUAACUCUUUCUACUACAAAUCCCUCCUUGUUGAUCUUUCAGAUUCGUACUCCCUUCUUUCUGAAAAGGGCUCAUAACCCACUGGGUAAGGGCGCAUCUUUAAACAUUCCUCUUCAUCAUAACUGUCCUCUUCUUCCCCGUCUCCCGUGAUGUGAAGUUGCACAGACCCAGCGAAUGCAUAGUUGUAUGACACAAUGAACUACCAUCGCUAAGCAGACCAGGGCAAUGAGACCGUAAAAGGGGGGCUGUAACAGGGAAAAUAUUGCUUCUAACACUGAUUUACACCACCUAAGUAAAUCCCGGCCUUCUGGAGGGGCUUGAGAGUUCGGUUUAUGUAUUUCAUCUCACGGAUGGGUCAUAUUUUCUGAAGCAUCGAGUAUAGGUGCAACAUUCUUUCCCGACUAAAGCACAGACCCCUCAUUCCCUGGCUAAUACAUAGUCUCGGGCCAUCCUGUUCUGUAAGGUCACCAGUGGAAGAUUUUGCAUUUCCUGGUUCAGAAUGGCAAAACCCUCUAUAGGCUUAUUGGCCAGCUGUUCUAGUUCUAAACCUAUAUUGUCUAUUGUAUGGUAUGGGCAUUAUUUACUGCACCCCAGCAAGGGAGCAAUCCUGCCAAAAUCUUUAUUCCCCGCAGAAAUCUGAAAAGCACAUCUAGUUUGUGAGUGUAGGUGGUCUGCAUGAGAAACAUUGAGUGGUGGGACUAUAGUUGUAACAGAGGCAGACAAUUUUCCCAAAUAGCAGCAGCCAGCCCAUUACCUAGGGAGCCACGGAUAUGCCCUAGACCCACAAAUCCAGCUUACCCCGGGCACCCCAUAUGUUCCCAUUGCCGUCCAUAUACCAUACAGGUGGUGAACCGUAACUUUGGUCUAAUUUUUACUUGUCCAGUACUCUCUGCUGGUCACAUUGUCGGGUUGAUCGGGUCACUGCAUUAGAGGUGCAACGGACGUAUCACACAAGGAAAAUCCUGACUAGUUGUUCUUACAACGGACUGCAGCCAGAGCUACGCGUGGUUUGGCACAGUGGUGGUGUUGAAGCUAUUAUCUAAAGCCCAAGCUUGGAGACAACAGGGGAGCUCAGUGCUGUGAAGUUAGUGGUGGCACUGCCCCAUAACUUAACACUAUUCAAGACCAGAUACUGUACGGAGUCGAGACAAUUUCGAGCAAACUCGCUUCCUGAAAUGGUUUCAGCCUGUAAUCCUACCAAUAUACAUAGCAAACAUUCUUUUCUAACCGGCAGGAGUUUAAGAUAUGCAGGACUCCGCAGAAUGGGGAACUGCCAUGCAAGCAUAGUAGUUUGUUAAAUUUGCACGGUAGGCCGUAUAAUUAGCAAACUGCCACCACGUAUUGUAUAAGUGUGGGUGACCCUGUCCUUCCUUCAUAUUCUCCAAAAUUCUUCUCCACUUGCCUAUUUCUUUGUAUUUGCCCUCUGGCACUGUUAGGUACUUAAUCAAUCCUACCCCCCAAUAUGAUUAUUACCACUACUUCCUUCAUGUUAUUCCUCUAGCUUUCUUUUUUAAUCUUUUUAUUAGUUUUCAAGUUCAUAAACAUAACAACAAUAGUGAUAAAGAGAGAUUGGAACUACAUUAUUGGUAAUAAAAAUAUACAAGAGAAACUACAAAUAGUACAAGUGUAACAGACUUCCAAACUCUUAAUAUAAUUAAUCAUGAAGAAAAAAAGAAAUAAAAAGGAUAUCACAAAGAAACCCCCCCAAAAAAACAAAAAAGCUAAGAAAAAAACUAAAUUACUAGACCCAAAAAAAACCCCCAAACAGAACAAAACAAGGCUGAACCAAUAUAUUAGAUCGAAUUCAUUCAUUAAUGUCGUCAACUCCGCUCUUCUAUUCAUAUAUUCUAAGUUAAUAAAAAGGAUUCAGAAAAGGUCAGACUACAUCAUAUGAAAAUGUUGAAUAAAUGGCUUCCAAGUCUCUUCAUAUUUAACUGAAGGAUCAAAAAUGACACGUUUUUUUUUCUAAAUUUAAUCAUGAUAUAGUUUGGGAAAACCAUUGAAAUGUAGUAGGAGGAUUGGUCUCUUUCCAAUUCAAUAAAAUGGAUCUUCUGGCCAUUAAUGUAACAAAUACGAUUAUCCGACAAGCUGAAGAGGAUAAAGAGCUAUGUUCCAUCAUUGGCAAACCGAAAAUUGCCGUAAUAGGAUGGGGUUGUAAAUCAAAAUGCAAAACUUGCAAUAAUAUCAAAAAUAUCUUUCCAAAAUUUUUCCAAGAGAGGGCAGGACCAGAACAUACAAGUCAAAGAAGCCACCUCAGAGUGACAUCUGUCACAAGUAGGAUUUAUAUGGGAGUAAAAACGAGCCAGUUUAUCUUUAGACAUGUGGGCCCUAUGUACUACCUUAAUUUGUAUCAGCGUAUGUUUAGCACAUAUAGAGGAAGAGCUAACUAAUUUUAAAAAAAAUUCUCCCAUUUCUGUAUAGGUAAGUGAAGUUGAAGUUCCCUUUCCCAUUCAUUUUUUAUUUUAUCAGAUAUAGCUGGCUGUAUUUUCAUAAUUAUAUCAUAAAUAGUUGCUAUUAAUCCCUUCUGAUAAGGAUUUAAACCUAAAAAUUUUUGCGUGAUAUCAGUUGAGUAUGAAAUCGGAAAGGUAGGCAGCGUGGUAUUUAAAAAGUUUCUUAUUUGUAAAUAUCUAAAAAAAAAUGGGAUCUGGGCAAGUUAUAUUUAGCAGACAACUGUUCAAAAGACAUGAAACAGUUAUUCAAAAAUAAGUCAUGGAAACAUGUUCUACCCUUCAUUUCCAUAUCAGAAAGGCUUGAUCCAUUACAGAGGGUUGGGAAAAAAUUAGAUAUAAUAGGGCUUGAUAAAAUAAAUUUGUUCAAACCAAAAAAUUUACAGAAUUGAAACCAUAUUCGUAAUGUGUGUUUAAUUAUUGGAUUAACCAAUUGUUUAUUCAAUUUAGAAAACACAAAGGGGAGUGAAGUUCCUAAAAUAGAAACCAAUGAAAACCCUUGUACAGAGUAACCUUCGAGGUUUCCCAAUGUGGACUUGGAAUUAUAUCCCAAUCUUGUGUCCAAAAUAUUAAAUAUUGAAUAUUAAUUGCCCAGUAAAAGAAUCUUAAAUUCGGCAAAGCUAAACCACCAUCUUUCUUGGACUUGUGUAAAUAUUUUUUACUUAACCUGGGAUUUUUAUUCUGCCAUAUAUAAGAGGAAAUUUUAGAAUCAAUAGUAUCAAAAAAAGAUUUAGGAAGAAAAAUUGGUACCAUUUGAAAUAGAUAUAAAAGUUUAGGUAGAAUAAUCAUCUUAAUAGCAUUGAUUCGGCCAAUCAGUGAUAGAGAAUGGGGACCAUUCAGUAAGCAAUUGUUUAACCUGACUAAUUAACGGUUAAAAAAAAAGAGCUUAAAUAAGUCCUUGUGUCUCUUAGCAAUUUUAACCCCCAAAUAAGUAAAAUAGUCAGUAAUCACUCUGAAUGGUGAUCAUCUAUAAAUGGGAGCCCGCAUAUUUAAUAGAAAAAAUUCACUCUUACUAAGAUUCAAUUUGUAACCAGAGAAACUACUAACCGAGCAAGCAGAGAUAAUACCGCCGGAAUGGGUUUCUCACGGUAAAUCAUCUGCAUAUAGUGAUAAUUUAUGUAUCUCAUUCCCACGGGUAAUGACAGUUCCAGGGCAAUAUCGAAUAAUAAUGGACUAAGAGGACAACCCUGCCUAGUACCACGAAAUAACUGAAAAAAGGGAGAUCGUUGAUUAUUGGUAAAUACCGAAGCCGAAGGAAUAAGGUAUAUCAAUUUAAUCCAAGAUAUAAAUAUCGGACUAAAAUUAAAUUUUUCAAGCGUAUUAAACAAAUAUGUCCAUUUGACUCUAUCAAAAGCUUUCUCAGCGUCCAAUGAAAUGACACAUUCUGGAGUUCUGGUGAAGGAGUAUAAACAAUAUUCAUUAAUCCCCUAAUAUUAAAGGAGGAGUAACAAUUUUUAAUAAACCCAGUCUGAUCAACAGAAAUAAUUUGAGGCAAUACAUUCUCCAGUCUUGUUGCCAAUAUUUUAGGAAAAAAUCUUAGAAUCCCCAUUUAGCAAAGGGAUAGGCCUAUAAGAUGCACAUUCAGUCGGAUCCUUAUCUUUUUUAAGAAUUAGGGAAAUAGAAGCUCGAUAAAAAGAUUGGGUUAAUUGACCUAUAAAUACUGCAUCCUUAAAGAUUCUACAUAGCCAAGGAGAAAGUACAGUAGAAAAGGAUUUUUAAAAUUCUACUGUAUAACCGUCUGGACCAGAUGCUUUACCUGAAUUCAUCGAGAAAAUAGCAUUCUUUAUUUCUUCUACCGUAAUAGGUACAUCUAGUUUUAAACGUUCAUUGUGUGGUAAUUUUGGAAUAUUCAAUUUCUUUAAAAAUUCGUACAUUUUAGUGGGGUCAUCAGGUAAUUCUGAUUGAUAUAAAGAAGUAUAAAAUUCUUGAAAGGAUUUGUUUAUCUUAUCAUGAUCAACUGUCAGAGUACCAUCUUUUUUAUGAAUCUUAACAAUCUGGCGUUUAACCGAAGCUGAUUUCAGUUGAGUAGCCAGUAGUUUCCCAGUUUUAUCACCAUGUACAUAAAAUUGGCUGUUUUAAUUAAUUUGUUUUGGGACUGGGACCUGCUUUAUUGCUUUUAUUUGAUCCCUUCCCAAACUUCGCCAACCUUUACUGAGCUGGAAUCCAAAGUUUCUUAUUUGUAAAUAUCUAAAAAAAAUGGGAUCUGGGCAAGUUAUAUUUAGCAGACAACUUCAAAAGACAUGAAACAGUUAUUCAAAAAUAAGUCAUGGAAACAGUCACUUGGCAAAGCUGCAUUUUCUCCACAGAUACCCUGUGCCCUCUUCCUGCCAUAUGUUCAGGGAGUGUUAAAGAACCUGUCAGAUAUUGUGGCCCUGUAGCAGAAGCUAUCAGGAUGUCACCUGCAUCCUGAAUCAGAGAGGAAUAUUCGGAUAGCUGGCAUUCGGCCAAAUUAUUUUUAACUGCUGCGACACACACUGCGGGGCUUUCGGUCUACCCCUGGGGCAGACGUAUCCACGUAUAUUGCUGGUUCUUAUAAGUAAAAGCAAAUAAAUACUGGCUAUCCUUGUGCAAAGGUAUGCAGAAGGAACGCCGAGCACAGAUCAACUACAGUAAAGGUGCUAGCUCCCGCAGGUACAGAAGUAUAAUGUUGGUGUCCGGCACCAGUGGAGCAAGAGGGAUGACGAUCUUAUUAAUGGCUCUUAGGUAAUGCACAAAACGCCAGUCAUUUCUCUGGCCCGUUUUUGAAAAGGUAAUAUAGGAGUGUUACACGGGCUUUGUGUCUUCACCAGCACCCCUUGCUGCAAUAAUGAGUCAAUACCUUCUUGGGCUUCUGUAGCUAUACUUCUGCUCCCAUUUCGUAUGUAAAACAGAAACAACCAACAAGCAAUAUAUUCAAUGUCAGCAGGUAUUGUGUGUGUUCAGUCAGUUUACCGAGUCCAAUGUCGCCACAUCCCUGCUCCUCAUCAUAUGGUCCGGCCCUCACUGUCUAGAGCCCCAAACUCUGACCUCUGCUGACCCGUCUCUGGUUUCCUGCCCCUGCUCCAUUGAACACCCAACUAAUGGUUCCCCACUUCCCUCUUGAAGUUCAGAGGACGGUGGUGCAUUCUAACAACCCUGCUGUGUAAGACACAGCCCUGCGGAAGCAGUGAGAAUGACCCACGACAUUGAGAUGAGCCAGGAGUAAGGAGGUUAACAACCAAUGUCAUUCUCCCUCAGUCCAGAGAUUGAAGGGACAAAGAACACAGGAGACAACCGCAGUGAGCUCGUUCUUCUUAAGUCGGCAGAAAGUCAUGCAGGGAAUUCCAGGGAAACUUCCUCAGACGUAGCGUAAGUGACCAUUUGGAACCCAUCACCACAGGCAGAGUGAGAGGUGAACAGCAGGGAUGGAGUUAAAAGGGCUGUCGUAGAACAGACACACUGUCAGACCAGCUGGGCUGAAUUCACUCCCCACUGUACACUGUGUAUGCUGUAGAUUCACUGAGCA